CCGCCAUGGCCACCCUGCUCCGCAGCAAGCUGUCCAACGUGGCCACGUCCGUAUCCAACAAGUCCCAGGCCAAGGUGAGCGGCAUGUUCGCCAGGAUGGGUUUUCAGGCGGCCACCGACGAGGAGGCGGUGGGCUUCGCGCACUGCGACGACCUCGACUUUGAGCACCGUCAGGGCCUGCAGAUGGACAUCCUGAAAACCGAGGGCGAGCCCUGUGGGGACGAGGGCGCUGAGCCGCCCGUCGAGGGAGACAUCCAUUACCAGCGAGGCGGCGGCGCGCCCCUGCCGCCCUCGGGCUCCAAGGACCAGUCCCUGGGAGCUGGUGGCGAGUUCGGGGGCCACGACAAGCCCAAGAUCACGGCGUGGGAGGCGGGCUGGAACGUGACCAACGCUAUCCAGGGCAUGUUCGUGCUGGGCCUGCCCUACGCCAUCCUGCACGGCGGCUACCUGGGAUUGUUCCUCAUCAUCUUCGCCGCCGUGGUGUGCUGCUACACUGGCAAGAUCCUCAUCGCAUGCCUGUACGAGGAGAACGAGGACGGCGAGGUGGUACGCGUGCGGGACUCGUAUGUGGCCAUCGCCAACGCUUGCUGCGCUCCGCGCUUCCCCACGCUGGGCGGCCGCGUAGUGAACGUGGCGCAGAUCAUCGAGCUGGUGAUGACUUGCAUCCUGUACGUGGUGGUGAGCGGCAACCUCAUGUACAACAGCUUCCCAGGGCUGCCCGUGUCGCAGAAGUCCUGGUCCAUCAUCGCCACGGCGGCGCUGCUGCCCUGCGCCUUCCUUAAGAACCUCAAGGCUGUGUCCAGGUUCAGCCUGCUGUGCACUUUGGCCCACUUCGUCAUCAACAUUCUGGUCAUUGCCUACUGCUUAUCGAGGGCGCGCGAUUGGGCCUGGGAGAAGGUCAAGUUCUAUAUCGACGUCAAGAAGUUUCCCAUCUCCAUUGGCAUCAUCGUGUUCAGCUACACGUCGCAGAUCUUCCUGCCUUCGCUGGAGGGCAACAUGCAGCAGCCCAGCGAGUUCCACUGCAUGAUGAACUGGACGCACAUCGCCGCCUGCGUGCUCAAAGGCCUCUUCGCGCUUGUCGCCUACCUCACCUGGGCCGAUGAGACCAAGGAGGUCAUCACGGAUAACCUGCCCGGUUCCAUCCGCGCCGUGGUCAACAUCUUCCUGGUGGCCAAGGCCCUGUUGUCCUACCCGUUGCCCUUCUUCGCUGCUGUCGAGGUGCUGGAGAAGUCGCUCUUCCAGGAAGGCAGCCGCGCCUUCUUUCCCGCCUGCUACGGCGGCGACGGGCGCCUCAAGUCGUGGGGCCUGACGCUGCGCUGCGCGCUGGUCGUCUUCACGCUGCUCAUGGCCAUCUACGUGCCGCACUUCGCGUUGCUUAUGGGCCUCACCGGCAGCCUCACGGGCGCCGGCCUCUGCUUCCUGCUGCCCAGCCUCUUCCACCUGCGCCUGCUCUGGCGCAAGCUGCUGUGGCACCAGGUCUUCUUCGACGUCGCCAUCUUCGUCAUCGGCGGCAUCUGCAGCGUGUCCGGCUUCGUGCACUCGCUGGAGGGCCUCAUUGAGGCCUACCGAACCAACGCGGAGGACUAGGGCGCUAGG